AGUUGAACGUGAUACUCCAAGAGAGUCGGACGCGUGACAAAUUCAUUUAUUGCGACUACAAUUUUCACUUCACUCUGAGUCAUUGAUUAUGAAUUUCGUACUAGCCGUAACUCUAUUGGCAUUGACAACGACCACACGGAUUACAGCGGCGAAUUUCCAUGACUAUGGUGACAGUGAUGAAUCCAUUGACGAAGCACUGAAAAACUGUCCAAAUAAGCAAUUGCUAUGCAACGUGCAAUGGAGAAAUAAUACCCCAGUGGAAUGUGGGCUGCAGCAGUCCAUCGCGGAUUUAACUGGCCUCGCCUACUGCGAUGCACUCCACUGCGAGCCGGAGGCGUUUCGCCAUGACUAUCUAAUACGGAAUCAUGAUCAGAGUCCGCACGCCAACAGUUGGAAGCGGGCAAGGAUUGGAGAACGUUCCACGCUGCACGAUGUGUGCCUCCUGCGGAAUGGUCUGCCAGUGACCAGAAAGUGUGAGAUGAAAUCUAUGCGUGCCCAAUGGGAAUCCAUUGACGACUGGCAGCCAGUUGUCUGCAUGCGGAGAUUUAGAGAGCGCUCUGUCAGCGUGGAGCUGAACGCUCUCCAUGAUGACAUCAUAGACGGGAGAAGGCUCACAAACACCACCCAGGAACGACGACGGACGACGGCUGCCAUGAGCGGUAUUCUCAGACAGCACAAUAGAGCUAUGCUGCCAGCUGAUGUCCAUGUGGCUGGUCAGGUAAUCGGUGAGCUGAUGGAGCAGAAAAGGGAUGCAGCAGUGGGCUCCGAUUUGAUCAGCGUUUGUCGCGAGAUCAUGUCCUGCGAUAUCCAGAUGUUGCGAAUCUCAUCUCAACUCAAUGCGACCAAUUCACUGCUGAGUAAAUUUGAGGAUUAUAUGGAUGCAAUGCCUGAACAGUUUGUGCCCAGUGAAAGUUGUGGCAAAGCAGUUAUUCGCCCCACAAGUGAUGCAAGUGAUUCAACUGAAAACGGUGUGGAAAUCCUCAACUAUGCGAACAUUGGUGUGCAGGCUUUGAUGAGCAGCAAUCUGAGUGUAUUCUAUGUGAAUCCCUCUUGUGAUGAUAUAACUGGCAUAGCCAUAUAUUCAUCAGCCAGCUCAGAUCGGAAAACUUCUGUUAGCGGGUUUUACUAUCGUUUUCUGUAUGCCAAUGAGAACUUGGAGAAACUAAGGCGGGAGUCCAAUCUGGAGACUGCUACCUAUGUGCCAGAGCAACUGUGGCGCCAGCUCAAAGAGAGAGGCGCCACUUAUUUAAUACUCAAGGUCUACGCCCAUGACGGACUCUUUGUGGAGACUUCUCAAGUACGCAGUCGACGCCCACGCAGCAAAGUGUUAUCCAUAACUAUUCCGGGAUUUGAGGGGGAAUAUUUGCCUCAAGCGAUGCCCCUUCUUCUGCUCAACGAGAAUCAUCGGCAACCAGAUGCACUUGCCAUUAAGACGGGCAGUGGCUGUGGCUACUGGAACUAUACGACCUGGUUGAGUGAUGGCAUCACGACGAGCUCUGGUUCGGAUAUAUUAAGGGAUCCGGUUAUCGUCUGUCAGACUCGACACUUGACUCAGUUCUCGUUCCUGGUGGGUGGAAGUUAUCGCAGCAACGAUUUGGGUGAGGAGAUUCUAGUUACCCCACUCAAUGAGCGCGUCCUGGACAUCAUAUCCAUCGUGGGCUGCUCUCUCUCGCUGCUUGGUGUGCUGGGUAUCUUUGUAACUGCAGCCGUAUUUAAGAGCUGGCGCAGUCAGGCCUCCACCAAGGUGCUGCUUCAUCUCUGUCUAGCGAUGACACUGCAAAUGAUUCUAUUCGUUUUCAUCAAUACGGAUGACAUCUCGGAGCAACUGAUUGUUCACAGAGAUUACAGUCGGUGUGUCCUGCUUGGAGCUUCGCUGCAGUAUACAAUCCUAGUACUAUUCACCUGGAUGCUGAUCAUUGCCGUCCUGCAGUUUCAGCGAUAUGUGACAGUGAUUGGCAUUGAGCGACCACGUCGUUAUAUCCUCAAGGCGGCCCUUGUGGCUUGGACAUUGCCACUGCUGCCCACUCUUCUGACUGCUUGCAUCGAUCCGGCAUCCUAUUUGCCCACAGCUGAGCAGCUGGAGACGGACACAGGCAUCUGUUAUCCCUCUGGCUAUGGACUUACCUUUGGCGUAGUCCUACCUGUGACUCUGAUAACCGUUGCCAACCUGGUCAUAUUCGUCUAUGUCUUCUAUAGCAUCUCCCACUCACUCAGCCAGAGUGUUCAGCGAGCCGAGCGCAAGUUGGUCAACAAACAGAUUCGUCUGUCGGUGCUGCUCUUCUUUUUGCUGGGUCUCUCCUGGAUCUUUGGCAUCUUUGCCUUCAUGCAGGCGGGCAUUGUUUUCUCGUAUCUCUUCUGUCUCACGGCGACUAUGCAGGGAUUUGUGCUCUUCGUUUACUUUGUGCUGCUCGAUGAGGCUAAUCGGAAUGCCUGGCGGGGUCUCAUCUGUCCAACCAGCAUGAAGAUGGAUGUACAGAAGCGCACCACAGAGAUGCAGUCGAUGACCACCUCCUCAACGAACUACUCUGGCAGAUCGGGGCAUUAGUUAUCUGCUAUGACAAACAAAAUAUCACUAAUUAAGUAUUACUCGUUUACUGUAAUUUGUAUGUUGUAUAUAUAAAAUAAUAAUUAUUUAGUUGUAAGCAAAACUACUAUACAUAUUAUCAUUAUAUCAUUAUUAUUAUGUAACAAUCACAAAUUAAAUUAAAAUUUUUACAUAUUUU